CGAGUCUGAUGUCACCUGGGGCUUUGGACGCUUCCGUGAAUAUUCCUACGCAGAGAACCCCUUCUCUCGUGGCAGAUAACCCCAACGGCGCUCAGAAUAACUUUUCUGCCGAUGCUCGGACGGAUAUUGAUUCUAGAUCCGCAUCUAUAUCCCUACCUUUGAGGGAGAUAUUGGCGUCAACCAAACCUGACCAGCACCCGGAUCUAGGCCUAUCGGGACGGAUAAUAAGCGCAGCAUUUUGUAUUCCGUAUAAGUUGCAGAUCCACCAUGAUGGAGAAUGGGUAUAGUAUAUCCGCCUUUUACACAGAAAGGGAAAACUGCUGACUCUUUGCAUAGGAGCUUAAACACCGACCUGGGACUGCGGCGCUCUUUGACUCGUUCGCCAACCUAGCAUCCCCUGACUCCCAUUGGUCCCAUACUCUUGUUGGCUGGACCGGCGAAAUAGAACAGCAAUCUCUGCCAGAUAAUUCGUCCUAUAAUUUUCAGAACAAUAGAAUCGCUUCGCCCACGAACAAGCCCUGGGCCCCGAUCCCGGUUAACUCAUCCCAGAAGCCACAGCCUCCACCUAUAGAUGGUAUUCGUGUAACAGCCAAUGAUCGCCAUCGUCUCGAGAGCCAGGUCUCGUCGAGCAAGUUUGGAAAUAUUCUACCCGUCUGGCUGAGCGAUGAGCUUGACUCUCCGGACCAAGAGAUGCAAUUGAAGGACCAGGGCCGCUGGCGCCGUUACGCCGAACGAGAGAUAUAUACCCUUUUUCACUAUAAACAACAUGGCCCAACCGAUGGCCGGUCUGAAAGACAAUGGUGGCAAGACUAUCAACGGCUCAACAACAUGUUUGCGGAUCGCAUUUUGGAAACAUAUAAACCCGGAGACAUCGUCUGGAUCCAUGAUUAUCAUCUUUUCUUGCUUCCAAACAUCCUCCGCCAGAAGGUUCCAAAUAUCUAUAUCGGAUUUUUCCUUCACGUCCCUUUCCCGAGCAGCGAGUUCCUACGAUGUCUUUCCAAGAGAAAGGAUAUCCUCACAGGUGCCCUUGGGGCUAACAUGAUUGGUUUCCAGUCCCAUACUUAUUCUCGUCACUUUACUUCCUGCUGCACCCGUAUUUUGGCUUUCAGCUCGACAAAAGGUGGAAUUGAUGCCUACGGUGCUCAUGUUGCAGUGGACGUGUUCCCAAUUGGAAUUGAUGUCCAGACGGUACGAAAGCUAGCAUAUGGCGAUCCAAAUAUUGAAAACACAAUUUUCAACAUAAAAACGAUAUAUUCGGGAAAGAAAAUAAUUGUAGGACGUGAUCGGCUCGAUUCAGUUCGAGGAGUGACGCAGAAGUUGAUGGCCUUCGAGAUGUUCCUGGAGAGGUAUCCUCAAUGGCGCGGCAAAGUAGUUCUCAUACAAGUUACUAGUCCUACGAGCAUGGAAGAACAGAAAGAGGAGCCGGAUAACAAGCUCUCUAGCCAAAUAUCUCAGUUGGUUUCGACCAUAAACGGCCGGUUCGGCUCGAUCAGCUUCUCACCCGUCCAAUACUACCCCCAGUACCUCCCUCGACAUGAAUACUUUGCCCUCCUUCGCGCUGCAGAUGUUGGCUUGAUCACCAGUGUGCGUGACGGCAUGAAUACCACCAGCCUUGAGUAUGUGGUCUGCCAGCAUAAAAACCAAGGGCCCCUCAUCCUCUCUGAGUUUUCUGGUACCGCAGGCAUUCUUGAAGAUGCUAUUCACAUCAACCCCUGGGAUCUCACCGGCGUGGCUAACGCUAUCAACACCGCCCUCACAAUGACACCCGAAACGAAGGCAAAGAAACAGUCUGCCCUCUACGAGCAUGUAACCACACAUACCGUUGUCGAAUGGUAUGAUGAGUACCUCAAACGACUUCUCGCCAAUCUUUCGUCCUUUAACAAGUCCAUAAUCACUCCCGCACUUGACAAACACAAACUCAUCUCUCAGUACCGCUCCGCACGUCGCAGACUAUUCAUGUUUGACUAUGACGGUACCCUCACCCCCAUCGUCAAAGACCCGCAAGCCGCUAUUCCCUCGGACCGUGUCUUACGAACUCUCAAGUCUCUCGCUGCUGACCCCAAGAACGCAGUAUGGAUCAUUUCUGGUCGCGAUCAAAACUUCUUGGAGGAGUGGAUGGGUCAUAUUACCGAACUUGGUCUUAGUGCUGAACAUGGCUGUUUCAUCCGCAAACCACGGAGCGAAGAAUGGACAAAUCUUGCGGCAAAAGCAAACAUGGGCUGGCAAAAUGAUGUGCUAGAAAUUUUCCAGUAUUUCACCGAGAGAACCCCCGGUGCCUUUAUUGAGCGGAAACGAGUAGCCUUGACAUGGCACUAUCGUCCCGUGGACCCGGAGUAUGGCGCCCACCAGGCGAAGGAGUGUAGGGCAGAGCUAGAACGAACAGUCGCUACUAAGUGGCCUGUGGACAUCAUGGAGGGCAAAGCAAAUCUGGAAGUCCGGCCAGCAUUUGUAAAUAAGGGUGAGAUUGCAAAGAGACUCAUUGACGAGUAUGCCGGUGUUCACGGCCAUGAACCUGAGUUCGUACUCUGUCUUGGAGAUGAUUUUACUGACGAAGAUAUGUUCCGAGCUUUGAAAUCAUCCGAUCUGCCUCCUGAUCAUGUUUUCUCCGUCACAGUUGGCGCUAGCUCUAAGCAGACCCAAGCCAGCUGGCAUCUUCGUGAGCCUGCUGACGUGAUUUCGACGGUGACACUGCUAAAUAACAGCAAGUCGGCUGUCCUAGAGUGACAUGCCCAGAUCCUAACUUUGAUAAACUACACAUUGUUGGUACCUGUUGUGUCUUCACUAUAGAGAUUGUUCUAUCACUGCAUACCUAUACAUUUGCCCAUCAGCUUGGGGUUAUCGCUUUGUGGCAGCCAGCUUUAGUAUUGAGGAGAUGCUUUUGUUUUCCUUGUCUUUCACUUAGUGUCUUUGUAUUGCUUUCAAUACUUAUUUUACGGUACUACCACUCGAUCCAUUUGCAUUGACUCGUUUCCAUACUGCGCUAUUCCUCCGCGUUUUCUUUUAGCUGUUGAGUUGUUUUGACUUAUUCUCCUGGGUGGAGCAUUACGAGAAAGCGAAUGAUAUACCGGAUGUUGACCA